AGAGGAAAGUCCACGUAGAACAUGGUAGGGGAAACAGUUCACGGAAGCCAUUGGUGACAUCAGGCGAGUCAGAGUUGUCAUCAAACAUUGGAAAAAUCUGCAAUGGAAAUACAUUCGAGAUGCCCUCCAGCAGGUGAGUCAGAGAAACCAUGGAUCCUUUAUUGACAAGUGGUCGUCUUUCGGGUGGCUAGUAUUUAGUAUACAGUCAUAGUGAGGGGUGGUCAAUAGUCCACCGUACUCGCCCGAGUGCCCCGCCACUCCCGAGGGUCGGCGACCGAAUUCGACGACCAUGCGGCUUGGAGAGUCAGAACGAUAUCGGCUCGCCUCUCCCCUCUCUUUUCCUCUAUCACCAACUGUCUCCUCACACUCCAGGCACAUUUUGCUGUUGCUCUUCCGCCUGAUCAUUUUCUCUCUUCUGGCAUUACCAAUUGCGACGCAACAAUAUGGAGGCGAUUAGGAAGACCUUUGCGCAAUGCAAGAAGGAGGGCAGGUCUGCACUUGUCACGUAUGUGACUGCGGGCUAUCCUACUGCCCAGGAGACUCCAGAUAUCAUGCUCGGCAUGGAGGCCGGAGGUGCAGACCUCAUUGAAUUGGGAAUGCCCUUCACCGACCCAAUUGCUGACGGACCGACGAUCCAGAAGUCCAAUACCCAAGCACUCUUGAACGGAGUCAACACUGAAGGAUGUCUUCAGAUGGUUCGGGAUGCGAGAAAGCGGGGUCUCAAGGCUCCCGUUCUCCUUAUGGGAUACUACAACCCGCUGUUGAGCUACGGCGAGGAGCGCAUGCUGCAGGAUGCGAAGGAGGCGGGCGUCAAUGGCUUCAUCAUCGUUGAUCUACCCCCGGAGGAGGCUGUGCGCUUCAGGAACUUCUGUGCCAGCUAUGGUCUCUCCUAUGUUCCCCUCAUUGCUCCUGCCACCUCGGACCACCGUAUGCGCGUCCUCUGCAAGAUUGCCGAUUCCUUCAUCUACGUCGUUUCCCGCAUGGGCGUGACUGGCGCUACCGGAACCCUGAAUGCCGCGCUUCCCCAGUUGCUCGAACGCGUCCACAAGUACUCUGGCAACAUUCCGGCUGCCGUCGGCUUCGGUGUUAGCACGAGGGACCAUUUCCUGAGCGUUGGAAAGAUUGCGGAAGGUGUGGUCAUUGGCAGCCAAAUUGUCAAUGUCCUCGCGGAGGCUGCCCCCGGUGAGGGUGCCAAGGCCGUGGAGAAGUACUGCGACAUGAUCUCUGGCAAGAGCUCCUGGAGCCAGACUCGCGAGGUUGGCAUUGUGGAGACUCUGUCCGAUGCUAAGGAGCCUAGUGGCGUGAGUGUUGACAAAGUCAUCACCGAUGCAGACACCAACGGGGCCGGACUGGCGGACCAGAUUGAGGCCUUGAACACCGAUGGCUUCAGUGACGAGCAUGUUCUUCCCGCCCGUUUUGGCGAGUUUGGAGGACAGUAUGUGCCCGAAUCGCUCAUGGACUGUCUCGCCGAGCUCGAAAGAGGUUUCAAUGAGGCCAAUUCGGACCCAAAGUUCUGGGAGGAGUACCGGUCCUAUUACGAUUACAUGGGACGCCCGGGUCAUCUACAUCUUGCCGAGCGACUCACGGAACAUGCUGGUGGAGCGAACAUCUGGUUGAAGCGUGAGGAUCUCAAUCAUACGGGAAGUCACAAAAUCAACAACGCCCUCGGUCAGAUCCUGAUCGCCAGAAGACUGGGCAAGACGGAGAUUAUUGCGGAAACUGGAGCUGGGCAGCAUGGUGUCGCAACCGCCACCGUCUGUGCCAAGUUCGGCAUGAAGUGUACCAUCUACAUGGGCGCCGAGGAUGUGAGACGUCAAGCCCUCAACGUCUUCCGCAUCAAGCUCUUGGGCGCUCAGGUCAUCGCGGUUGAGGCGGGCUCCAAGACGCUUCGCGAUGCCGUCAACGAGGCUCUGCGUGCUUGGGUGGUCAACCUGUCCACGACGCACUACAUUAUCGGCUCUGCCAUUGGACCUCAUCCGUUCCCGACCAUUGUGCGCACCUUCCAGUCCAUCAUCGGAAACGAGACGAAGCAGCAGAUGCAGGAGAAACGUGGCAAACUUCCGGAUGCGGUGGUUGCCUGUGUGGGCGGUGGUAGCAAUGCUGUUGGCAUGUUCUACCCCUUUGCCAACGACCCGUCCGUCAAGCUUCUGGGGGUGGAGGCGGGAGGUGACGGCGUGGAUACUGCUCGCCACAGCGCUACUCUCACGGGAGGCACCAAGGGCGUGCUUCACGGGGUGCGCACCUACGUGCUCCAGGACAAGCACGGCCAGAUCAGCGACACGCACUCGGUCUCGGCCGGCCUCGAUUACCCCGGUGUUGGUCCUGAGCUGUCCAACUGGAAGGAUAGCGAUCGAGCCAAGUUCAUCGCUGCUACGGAUGCCCAGGCUUUCAUCGGGUUCCGGCUGCUCUCCCAGCUUGAGGGUAUCAUCCCCGCUCUGGAGACGUCGCAUGCCAUCUACGGCGCCGUUGAGCUUGCGAAGACGAUGAACAAGGACCAGGAUAUCGUCAUCUGCCUCUCUGGCAGAGGUGACAAGGACGUCCAGAGCGUGGCUGAUGAAUUGCCGAAGCUGGGACCCCAGAUUGGAUGGGAUUUGCGAUUUUAGAUGCACUGCACUCCUAUACGAGCGUUGAUUCGGACAAGCGAGCAUAUAACGCAGUAGUUAGAUGGACAGCAUUCCAGCAACAAGAGUUGUCUUACUGCCUCUUUUCAUGUCCGACUGAACACGACUGUGCGCGUAGGGGUUAUUGACCUGAUUGGCCCUUUCUGCGCCUCCCUCCAAGUAUAACCAGCCUUAAACACCGUGCCCUCGUAGCGUAACUAGAAUAUAGCUAAUUAGAUU